AUCCGGGUAAGAUGUGUGUGACCUUGGUUGGGUAAUCGUCAUGGCGGCCAUCGUCAGGAUAAGUUCGGUCUGCCACAGAGGUGUCAAACUUCAGUUUUAUCGCAGCUCUCUGCUCGCACGACACUUGGUCACACAGCAAAAGGACCAAGACCGGUCCUACCUGUUGACGGCUAGGAUUCAUGGAUCCUCAUCUCUCCGUGCCGGCUCUGUGUCCAAAGCUGCCUCCCUGCAUUGGACAGGAGAGCGUGUGGUGAGCGUACUGCUGCUGGCGAUGGGGCCUGCUGCCUACUACUUCCCUGGACCUGCUAUUGACUACUCACUGGCUGCUGCUCUCACCCUGCAUGGCCACUGGGGGCUUGGACAAGUCUUAACGGACUACGUUCAUGGAGAACCGAAGAUCAAGAUGGCCAACGCAGGCCUCUUCCUGUUGUCGACUGUCACCUUUGCCGGUCUCUGCUACUUCAACUACAACGAUGUAGGCAUUUGCAAAGCGGUGGCCCUAUUAUGGAGCAAAUGAAUGGACUGAGGUUUGGGAUGGGGGUGCGUGGGCACUGGGACAUCGGCCAUCUUGUUCUGGUAUGAUUUUAAACAUUCAAGGGAUUAUGUACAUUUCUAUAAAUAUAUCAUUUCACAAGUGUUGUAAUUCAUGUUGAGGUUUGUUGUGCUUCAACAGGCCUGUUAAUGAUCUGCUCCUGUUGAUUUAUGAUGUGGACUAAACUAAAUAUAAGUUGUCCUUCUGACCCCAAUCAAACAUGCAUACUGUAACAUGUAUGCUGCUGUUUAGUGAAAUGUUAUACGGUUAACUUCUACCUGGGGCCUGUUAGAGGGUGCAAUUUUACAGAACGCGUCGAUAGAAAUGCGUUUUGUAGAUAGAAUAGGGAAUUGUCAGGUUUAUUCAAUGUAUUUCUAGCUUCCUCUCACUGAGUUCACUCCUGUUAUCAAACUGCUAUAUUCCAAACACUUUGUGUAAUGCUUAUGAGGAAGUAUCCAGUGAUUUACAUAUGUCCUUAAUUUCAGAUCUACUAUGGCAAAUUACUUCAUCUCUUCUGUACUAAAUUAAUUUAUUAUGUAGACAUUGCAUUCUGUUUUGUGUCUGUCACCAAUCUGUAAAUACCAGCUAGUGCCCUUCAAGACCAUUGCAGUCAGCUUAGUGCCACAUAUUUAGUCUGAUUUGAUUGACAAGAGCAAAUGGGUGUGACCACUAGCAGUAUUUAAACCACGUAGCCAUACUGUUCUGGACAUUAAGGGUCUGUUCAGAAGGGGUGUGAUGUUAUAAAACGUUCAGAUAUGCAUUUUGUAGAACGUAUGAUUUGUCAUGCAGAAUUGGGCAUCGCCGCAGCUCUAUUCAUGACAUUUCUAACUGCAACGUUCUAAACAUUUCACCUCACUGAGCACAUCCCAGGUUGAGCAUGUAGAAAAGUAGCCAUACUGAUCUGUACACCAUUGCGCUUCCACUUGUACCAACCCUGUUUGUUGUCAGUCAAAUGACAAUAUCCUGGUUUUAUAGUAAUGUGCAUAAUUUACUUACACAGCUGUGCCUGUUGGCAGGAAUUAAAUUUUCCAUUUAUCAGAUCAUUUGUAUGUAUGAACAGCUGCUAAGCGUCAACCAGUCAAGUACAGCUGGCAUCAAAUAUGAAGUUAAGUCAUGAGUGCAUGCACUUGGUCAAAAUGGCAUCGUUUUAUUUUGUACUGUUGGGAGUGUCGGCUGAAACAAGUAGGAGUUGUCCUAGUUAAACAGCCAAGAAACAUGAAGGUCUUUGUCCUACUACUACACAUGUCUGAAAGCUUAAAUGGCUUUGGAAAUUCAACUGUUUUGUCUUUAUUAGGUCUCGUUGAUUUAUACAUAUCACCAAUCCGUUCGGUCAGAUUGUAACGCACAAAUUAGCUUUGGGAAGAAUGCACCUUAAACCUCUAAAGAAUAAAAUGGAUAUUAUGGAUUGUGUUUGACAAGA